GAGGAAAGCGAAAAGGCCAACAUGCGCCUCUUUCUUGGGUUUGAGCUCGUCGUCGGGCUCCUCUGCGGCCUGGCGGUGCUCCUCUGCACCGAAGGCCCUUCUUUCUUCCUCACGACGAGCUUGCCGCGUGACACGAUCACGGUCACCUCACCAGAUGUGCACCUCGCGCUCUACUGGCUGCGCCGCUCGCUGACGCAGCCGUAUCGCGGAUGGUACCUGCACGACGCAGCCUCCUACGACACGGUGGGAGUGGCAGGGCGACUGCCACCCUCGGUCGUGGAGCAGGGCCGCGUCCUUCUGCCCCUCCACGUCUUGUACUUGCGUCUCAGCGGUGAGUGGCUGCGGUGGACGCAGCCGGAUCUUGUUCGCAGACUCCUGCCAAACAGCGACGAUGGUAACGGGCUCGCGGACGGUAGAUACGCAGAUGCACUCCGCGUGCAGCAGGCCAUCGCCACCGUUGCGGCGGGCUGCGUCGUGUUGAUCGGUGCACCAGGGAGUUGGUGCUUCAUGCGGGCCGUGUCACAGCUGCUGACCCGAGCAGCGCGGGAGCGGGUGCGGGUGGCACGCAUGCAGCUCCCCGCUUCAGCGUCGUCGUCACCGUCGUCGUCUUCCUCUCCUCCAGCUACGGAGGACGCCGAGGGGGCGCGUGGUGUAAAGGGGAAGGUGAAAGCGGCCCCCAUACAAGUGGAGGAGGAGGACGCGACGCCACCCAGCGUCCACGACGCGGCGGUCUUCUUUGGCGCGUUGGUGAUCGUUGGGGCGGGCUUGCUGCCGCUGCUUCUACUGGAGGUAUGCACGCUGCAGCCGUGGUGCCUGGUGGGCUCUCUUGUUAUCUGGGCCGUCUAUGCCGUGUUGCGCGAUGAGCUGCAGCUGCACCCACGUGAGUCAGACAUGAGCGAUGACCCCUUCGAUCUCGCUUCGCCUGUUAUGCAGGAGGGUGCGGUGGUGGUAUAUCCGCUGAAGCGGCAGCCGAGCGUGGUGCCCCUCGCGAGCUACGUGGUCAUCGCCACAUUCACCUCUCUCAGCCUCACAUCGUGUCUGUACAUCACGCCUCUGCUGUUUUUGUGGGCCCUCACCUCGUGCUGGCAGCACGGCUCCCGGCGUGUUCUGGUGAAGGUGAAGGCUUCCGCAGCGGACACGGCUUCCACCACCGCCGUGACGUCCGACAGGAGCGGCGGUUACGUCCGCGUAGGUUACUCCUCCUACACCGACAAGUCGCACAUGAACGCGUGCUUCUGCUGCGCCUCCAUGUCCAGUGUACUGACGGUGCUGCUCCUCACUACGCCGUGGUGGUGGCGGCAGCAGCCACUGCUGGCCUUCAUGGAUCUCUUUGCGGGGCCGCCGCUUCCCACAGCAGCGCACCAAAGCCGGCAGAAUCACAGCAGUAGUUUGGAAGGUUUGAUGGGACGAUCGUUUACCGGGGCACGUGAGAUGCAGGCGCGUUGUCUAAGCGGGCCGUCUCCUUCGUACCUCAGCUGUGCGCUUCCUGCCGCCAACGCGUGGCAGCUGUCGGAGUGGUUCGGCCUGCCGUGGACGCACGCCGCGCAGGCCCUCACCCAACUCUUCGCCAUCGAGGACGACUACGUCCACCGCGAGAGCGCCCGCUGGCUGGAGUUUGCGACGGUGGUGAUGGUGGUGCUGGGGAACGCGGCGUCGGUGCUGACGCUGACCUUCUACCGCAUUCGUAAGCCACCGUUGACGUUUGAGACGCCCGUGCGCUACGCGGCAGAGCGGGCGGCGCACCAGGCGGAGCAGCACGCGUACUGGGAAGCGAAGCGGCUCUCCCGUCGUGGUGGUGGUGGCCGAAGUGGUGCGAGUCGUGGUAGCGCCCCUCCACCGGCUGCUCCACCGUCCUCCACGUCCGCCGCUGCCGAUGGCAGCGAGGGGAAGCGGGCGAAGGUCGUCACCUGCCUCUGCCGCGAGGAGUACGUCGUGAAGCAGGUGGUACUGUUGUCGUGGAUGCUGUCGCUGGCGAUACUGUCUGGCACUGCGCUUUUCAUGCGCAACGGGCCGGCGAGUGGCGUGUUGGCGCUCCCGUGCAGCUCGCUGCUGGCGGCGGUGUACGUGGUGGCGUCUGUGCUGCGACGUGCGCACCCCCUCGCCUUCUGUCCGCUGCCGUCGUCCUCCACCACGGCGGGGAGGAAGGCGGAGGGCACGCAGCAGCACAACGAUCCGUCAGCGCUGACACAGCAGGACGGCGACGAUCCGCGCCCGCUGCCAGCGUCGCGCUGGUGCACCUCGGCCGUCGCCCCCAGUUUGGUACACGCGGCGGACGUGACGUGGCUGCAGAUGAUCUUCGUCGCUUCGGUGUUGAGCACCGGCGCCCUCUCCUGGACGGUUAUCCCGACGGUGGUGCGGCAGAUGGUGAUUGGGGUAGGCAGCGGGGGCGUCGCGCUCUCCCUGUGGAGGCUUCGGCGGUGGGCGAGCCUUGAUUUGUCGUCAUCAGUCCUCUUUACGUGUGGGGGCGUCGCCUCGGUGUGUUUGUGGCUGCUACUCACGGUGCAGCUCCUUCCGCCGUCGGGCAGCUUCGCUUCGUCCAGCAGCCACCUCUACACCUUCACCAGCCGGUUUGGGAACAUGCACGCCAGCACUGGCGAGGCGGCGCUGCGCGCUUUCAUCUACCAAUGCGCGGUGGCCUGCGGCAUCUACGUCAGCUGCAUCAUCUACGCCUCUUUGCGUGUUGGGCGGUUGGCCCUCGAGCCGGAGGAGGUGCGCUUAGUGCCGAUCGAAUCGGAGCUGAGCUUCUUCUCGAGGCCGGCGGAGUCGAAGAAGCAGCGGUAG